AAUCUCAACGUCUUGUGAUCUUGUGGUUCAUAUUUAUUCUCCCGCAUUUGAACUAUGAAAGGUGAACUUUAUUAUCUCACUCAAUAAAUUUUAUCAUUGUAUUAGUAAUAACCACAAAAAUGGAAUGUUCAUGUUCUUCGCUGAAACUUCUAUCAUCUUCUUCAAUUCCUGUUUACAACUUCCAGGGUAAAUCAUCUUCUGUGAAGAAAGACUUGUCUAGACGGACAUUGUGUACAGUAGUGCCAUCUCUGUCUCUUGGUAAACCAUCUCUUCUAUUUGGGAGUGGACUAGAUCCCAUUAUUUAUAAGAAACAGUCAUUAUAUAACUCUCGAAGACUACCUAAAGGUCUUACAUACGCUGCAACUAGAGAUCGUUCUUGGGACCUGGGUAGAUUUGUGAAGACUUUGUACUUCUUUGAUGCAAUUCCUUCCCCCUUGAAGUUCAUUGAAUCUUUCAUUGGCAAACUGUCUAGCCAACCAUCACCCGAGCCAUCAAUGGACAUGGAAUCGUCUGGAAUAGUUCUUGUAUGCGGAGCAACUGGAGGUGUUGGUAGAAGAGUAGUAGAUGUUUUGCGAAAUAAAGGAUUUCCAGUUCGAGUACUGGCUAGAAAUGAAGAGAAAGCAAGGCGGAUGCUAGGUCCUGAAAUUGACUUGGUUAUUGGGGAUAUCACCAAGGAAGGCACUCUACUUCCUGAAUAUUUCAAAGGAGUCAAGAAAGUUAUUAAUGCUGCCUCUGUUAUUGUGGGCCCAAAGGAGGGGGAUACACCUGACAGAGCAAAAUACAGCCAAGGCAUCAAGUUUUUUGAACCAGAGAUAAAAGGUGAUUCACCUGAAUUGGUGGAGUAUAUAGGCAUGAGAAAUCUGAUUAGUGCUGUAAAAGGAAGUGUUGGACUUAAGGAAGGGAAGUUGCUAUUUGGAUCGGAAGGCAAUUCAUUUAAGGAUCUUCGCUGGGGUGCUCUAGAUGAUGUUGUAAUGGGGGGUGUUAGCGAAAGCACAUUUAUUAUUGACCCUAAAGGCGGUGAGAAUGGCGGAGCCGUUGGGAUUUUCAGAGGAAAUGUAUCUACAGCCAAUAAUGGUGGUUUCACUAGCGUGAGAACUAGAAAUUUUCCUGUGCCUGAGGAUCUUUCUGCUUAUGAUGGUUUGGAGUUAAGAUUGAAAGGUGAUGGUCGCCGAUAUAAGCUUAUUGUCCGCACUAGCAGUGAUUGGGAUACUGUAGGUUAUACAGCAAGUUUUGAUACAGUAGGGGGGCAAUGGCAAUGGCAAUCAAUAAAAUUGCCGUUCUCCUCGUUGAGACCUAUAUUUCGAGCCCGGACGGUCUCUGAUGCUCCUCCCUUUGCAGCACACAACAUUGUUUCUCUGCAGCUUAUGUUCAGUAAGUUCGAAUAUGAUGGUAAACUGAAUCCUACUUUUGUCGAGGGCCCUUUCGAGCUUCCUCUGUCUACUAUACGGGCAUACAUGAAACAACCAAUCACCCCAAGAUUUGUCCAUGUGAGCUCUGCAGGAGUUACCCGUCCAGACAGGCCUGGACUAGAUCUGAGUAAGCAACCCCCUGCUGUUCGUUUGAACAAGGAGCUGGACUUUAUUCUCACAUACAAACUCAAGGGAGAGGACUUACUGCGGGAAAGUGGAAUCCCUUACACAAUUGUUAGGCCUUGCGCAUUGACUGAAGAACCGGCUGGAGCAGAUCUUAUAUUUGAUCAAGGCGACAAUAUCACGGGAAAAAUAUCUAGGGAAGAGGUAGCUCGAAUUUGUGUUGCUGCUUUAGAGAGCUCAUAUGUAUGUGACAAGACAUUUGAGGUCAAAAGUGUUAUUCCUUUCAGCGAGCCAUUCACAAUCGACCCUGAAAACCCACCACCGGAAAAGGAUUAUGACGUCUACUUUAAGACUCUGAAGGAAGGAAUUACCGGGAAAGAACUCCUGGAACAAAGUCCAGUUCCAGCAGCGUGAUUGUAUACAGAAAAAUACGUACCCAUUUCAAACCUUGUACAAUGGGAGCCUAAAUAGAUAUACUGAUGCAUUAAGAACCCAAAGUGGUAGAUUUAGGAGAACGAGAUGGGAGUUGCAGCAUGGACUAAAACUAGACCAAGUGAAUGGUUCUUGGGAUAAUUGUGACUUAUAGUAUGUAUAGAAAUUCUCGGUCUUUCUUAUGUGAUCACUGUCCUGCGUUGCGUGUACCGAUAAUAUGGAACAAUAAAGAGCUAGAUGUGAAGGUUGUUGUAAGUUGAUGUAAACAUAUUCUGAAGGCUAAGAACACACUCGAAACGUCGAAUACAUGUAUACCAUCUGUAUUUUGUUGAUAAACUUUUUUGUGUACUAAGUGUUGGUACUCCCAAUUAAACCAAAGGAGAUAAUUUGAUGAAUGCCCUGGAAAACAAUGAGGUCAAUGUCUACUUAUUAUAUUAUUUAAUAUCUAUUUAAAGCACAAUUUAAAACUUAGUUAUGCAA